AUGGAUGUCAUUCAUGAUCGAGCAAAUCAAAAAUUCAAAAUUGAACUUGAUAAAUCAUCGUCUGAGAAAGCUUAUUUAACAUAUGAAUUGCAAGGUAAUGCAAUCGACUUUCAACAUACAUUUGUUCCAUCAAAAUAUCGUGGUCAAGGCAUCGCCGAAAAGCUUGUCCAAAGCGCCUUGGACUUUGUUGAUAAUGAAAGUUCAAUAAAACAAAUAAUUCCAUCAUGCUCAUAUGUUUCUCAUUUUCUAAAAACAAGAGCUCCUCAAUAUGCGCGUUAUUUAAUGAAAUAA